AUGCGUAUAAAAGUAAGCGCCUGUAGGCCGUACGCAUCGGACGGAUCAUACGGAACGGAUCAAUUUGCGGUAGUGCGAUCACAGUAUCCGCAGCAAUCAGAUUGCCAAUACGACAGCCAUUUACAAUCUGAUUUUAAUACAAUAACAUUUUCGUAUUUUCAUAACGAGUCAUCCGCACCAGUCGGAAAAAUCGCCUCUCUGAGAAAUGUCCUCGGCAUUACCGACGACGGGCCGUCGCGUGCUGUCCACUGUGGAUUAGUGGAUGCACUUGUAUAA